UAGCCAGAGCUCACCUAGAUGCCUGAACUGGACUAAGCCCAGGCUAACUUUAAACUUGAUACGCUGUCUAGUCUCAUUCGGCUAAAUUUAUCCCCUGCCGCGAUGUAGGUACCCAAGGCCCGAGUAUGCCUCAGCAUGUUUUUUAUAUUCCUCAAAAUACAUGUAGAUAUAGGUGAAUCAUUUAAUUCUAUUAAAAUUGGACUCUGCUCCAAUAGUAAAUGCAUUGACGUAGAAAUCCCAUCAACUAAUCAAACUUCAUAUUUGCUAUUCACAAAAACUUAUGAUUAUCCUCAAUCUUGAAGCCAGUGUCCCACCUAUGAAGUUCAAAAUUGAAAGAAUGGAUAAUACAUCUGAAACGAAAGUGGAGAGCAAAACAGCGUUUAAAAAAAAAAAGAAAAAAAAAGGAGAUCCUCCACCAUGCACUUGCAGAUCUGAGGUCACUAUUAUUGAUUUCAGUCUGGGUGCCAUGUUGGUAAAGGGAGGAGUUGCCUGUCUGGUUAUUCUAUGUAUAUACAGAGAGUACUGAGUGUAUAAAUAGGAAGGGUGGUUACACCAUUGACCCAGUGUUCAGUUGGUGCAAAGUCGGUUCAGUGGCCAACAAAUGAUACUUUCUUUUUUACUCUACGUCUGUACAGUAGUGAUAUAAUCAUAUUGAAUUGCCACACCACUGACAACCACCAUAGCCAGCGAACAGCUUAAGAGAUUGCAUUCGGAUUCCACCCUCUUUUGCCUACAUUCAGUAUUCAUACAGUGCUCACCAAAUUGUGUAUUGUCAUCCUAUUAAAAUACCCUGUUAAACAGAAGUUUGCUCUAAAUUAAUUGAGAAAGUUUCAUUGCCUAAUAGUGUCAUAUUAUCCUUACAUAUAUUUACAGUUUAUCACUGUGAUUUCACCCAAGUGAUUAUCGAGUAAAAAGUUGAACGUGAAAGACCCAUAAUUGGACUGUGUUCUAAACAAUCACCUUGGUAAUUUUAAUAUUGAUAUCAUAUCUCUGGUGAUAUAAAUAAAACAAGGAUGUCAGACACUGCAGGAGCAGUACAAGUAAUAGCUUCCCCGUAUAAGAUAAUUGAUCAUGCGAGAGAAAGACGCAAAGGCAUUACAGCCUCGUCACUAAAAGAACUCACUGCCAUAGCUAGAAACCGAUUUGACUUGCCACAAGAAGAGCACCUGACCAUUGUUUUGGAACAGGAUGGUACGGAGGUAGACGAUGAAGAAUACUUUGCUACGCUUGAGAGAAAUACAAGCUUGAUGGUCCUGUGUGGCCAUCAAAGAUGGUCAGCUGCUGGAAGCUCAGCUAGUACAUCACGCUAUGUUCUGCUGGAUGAUACGGAUAGUGGAAAAGAAGGAACAUCAAGAAGGAGGGAACGUGGGAAUGGGGCACAGAUCAAGCCGCUGGUCUCCUCACUGCGUGGAGAUCCAACCCACAUUUCGCUAUUAGGUGGAAACGACUUGGAACUGCUAAGUGAUAUGGAUCCGGAAAGUCUAGCAGACAUUGUGCCUGACAGGAUAUUCCUGGAGCAACUGAAGGAGGCGUCAGGAAGAUUUUUAGCCGAGAAACGACAGGCGCAGGAAUCAAUGGCACUAUUGCAGAUGUAUGCAAGCGGAGGAGAGAUGGAGCGGGCGUAGGCCAUGUGGGGGGUCGGCACCCUCACACUGGCAAACAUGUACCGCAUUCGAAGACGUCUUAUAUACAAGGGACGUCACAUUCAGCAAACGAUGAUUUUCAUCUGGAAUUGAGCCGAAGUUCCAUGUCAAAUUACCCAAUGAAUAUGGGGCAGAAGGAAGGGAGUAAAGUUUCUGUGAUUCAUAUGUGUAUAGAUAUCUGCCGACUGAAUGAUGGGCAAUUUUUAUGUCCUACGUAAUGAUUAAUGGAUGAUCACAGCUUAUAAUACACGCUCAUAAUAUUUGGCAUACCUUCUGCAUUACAGGUAUCGUACGUCUUUUAUCGGAGAGAAUAAAUAAUUGCAACUUUGCACACAAUCGUGUAGGUAAACAUACCCUACAUAAAAUUGCGUUAGGAAUUAAUCGGCUAUAGUGUACUGACCCUUUGCAAAAUAUCCAGUAAAGUAUCAUUCCACCGCUGCCGAGGCUAGAGCGUAAAAAUAAUUUCCUUGCAAGAUAGCCACAUCGAUAUUGGCCCAAGGAUUAGGAUUACAUAUGAUUUUUAUAAAUGUUUAUUACACAUUGUAUUUCUAUAAGAGAUAGGUUUUAGUUGAUACCAAGUUUUAUGAAAUGUUUAAGACUGAAUUUCAUUAUAUUGAGAGGUAAGUAAAGUUUCAUCCCCCAUUUAGAUCACAAUUUUCGCUCCACUAAAAUUAGCUGUUCGAUCCAUAAACCGAUCUUAGCACCCUUUGAUACCAGAAAAAGACACAUUUGAUAGAAAACUAAAUG